UGUCUGCUUAUAAACGCCUAUAUCCAUCUCCUUUUCUGAUAACGUUUGCAUGUCUUCAUGAUAAAGGCUAAAUAAAUAGUGCAGCAAGUGACAGUUUCUAAAAUGGGAUUUUAUUUUCUUCUUGCACUGAUUCUUAAGUGUACACUUAUAUUGUGUUUUGUAACCCCGGACCAUUUGACCAGCCAAAAUAGUGUACGCACUGUAUUCGCUCUUCAAGAGCCAGUGGUUAUUUUCAUGUUUGAGGAAGUAGAUGUAAAAGUGAACUAUAGUUUACCCUGUGCGGACAGUUAUGUAAGCAUAUACAUAGAACAUCUUAAGGAAAAUGACAUCUUUAACGUUUUAAGUAAUAGCACGAUAACUAUUCCCUGUGAUGCUAAUGGAGAUUCUUCUACACUCGGCAAUGGAAGAAAUAAAACGUUGUCUAUUGAUGGCGUGCUUACUCUGCGACUGAGGAGCACUGUGAUCGGUCUGUCAAGACUUGGACUGGCAAUAAGAGACCAAGGUUCGAAUAUACUGCAAUACGAUGAAGUCGGAGGUAUCAGCAUGUACAACAGCAGCUUUGAGCCCCAACCCGGGGUCCGCAUUGACGCCAACGGAGGUGCAGUCACCCACUGGUUUCCGGUGACGGUGUUACGCAAGAUGAGGCCAGUAGACCACAUAUUCCGCUACCUUUUGGGAUUUAUGGUUAUAUUACUGACCAUGGGAUUCGGGUGCAAGCUGGACAUGGGCGUGGUCAAAGAGUGCCUGAGACGACCGGUGGCCCCCGGGAUCGGGUUUGGAUGCCAGUAUUUACUCAUGCCAUUGAUCGGGUACGGGGUUGCGCGGCUGGUGCCCUUGGGUGACAAGUCCGUGUCCCUGGGAGUGUUUCUUUGCGGUGUGUGCCCGGGAGGCGGGCUGUCCAACAUAUACACAUACCUGCUCGACGGGGACGUCUCACUCUCUAUAACCAUGACGUUCGUCAGCUCGGUCGCAUCCAUAGGCAUGAUGCCCCUGUGGAUCUACACUCUAGGGUCGACCCUGGUAGAUGACAGCUCGGACAUCCGCAUUCCCUACUUGAACAUUCUACAGGUUAUUGCUUCCGUUGUUAUUCCGCUGUUUAUCGGCAUCUUCAUCAAGUACAAGUUCACAAAGGUCGCACUCUUCAUCAUUAAAGUGCUCAAGCCGACCACGCUCGUCUGUAUCAUAGUAUUCCUUACCGUCGGCAUUUGGUCAAACCUCUACAUCUUCAAGAUGUUCCGCCCCGUCCACGUCCUCGCCGGAUGCCUGCUGCCGUAUUUCGGCUAUUUACUUGGAGGCGUUAUUGCCGUAAUUUUACGGCAACCGAAAGCGCGCGUGGUCACGAUCGCGUUGGAGACCGGAAUGCAGAAUAUCGGUAUCGCAAUGCUCGUGCUGCUGCUCUCAUUUCCGCCGCCACUUGGGGACAUCGCCACCGUCGCGCCUUUGUCGUCCGCCAUGAUGACACCAAUCCCGCCUUUCGUCGUUACUAUUGUUUACAAUGUGUACGUGAAAUUCUUCAAGAAGUAUGAACCUGUGAACGUCAAUGAUGAAAAAAUAGACGUCCAAUCUAAGAAUAUUGUCGAGAAAUUGAGUUCUGUUUGAACCAUUCCACCAGUAAAAUGUAAAUAUUUGUCCAUCGUCGGAUGCUAUACUUCGUUGUGUACCGUGGGCAAAUUGGCUACGAAAAUCUCGUAAUCAUGAAUAAUUAAUGAGGCAGUUUCAUUGGUUCCGCAAAGUACCAGAUGCUUUACGGUUGAAAAAUAUUUUGGUGAUUGUUGGAAAUUAACCGGCUGCGCCUUCUCUAUACAAUAAUAUUUGGCUGUAGUCAAGACCACACGGCCACGGAGGCUAUUGCCACUGUCAAGUUAUUGAACAAUAUUUGAGUGUAGCAUGCGAAUUCACUGAAAGAAGAGUUGUCUCUUCUGUCCCAUGCUUAUUCAUUAAAACGAGAUUUUGUCAGUCAAUUGUCCCACGGGAUAUAUGAAGUGUACCGGAAAAAUACCGUGGUGGCCGACGAUGAAUUGUCACGCUGAUUGAAUCUUUGCGUCUUUAUUUAUGGUGGUAAAGUUGAAAAAAAAAUUCAUUAAACUUUGAGUUUCCCACUCAGAAUCAAUGACAUCUUUAAGAACAGUUUACAUUCUAAAGUGAUUCAUGGAAAAGAAUUCACAAUUCAAUCAACGUGGCAAACCCCAUUCGUAGAGAUAUUGCUUGUGUAAUAAUACUAUAUACAUGUUAUUCAAGCUUACUAAUCAUUCAUUUUCUAAUUGGCCCGAGCGUUUCGUACUGUUUGAACCCACAAAAAACCGAAGCAAUCCGUACAAUAUCGUGUGUGUGUGUGUGUGGGGGGGGG